AUGCAUUUCAUUUUCGUCCUUUUGGAAUGUAGUUUUCCGGUGGGUGCAAUUUUGGACCCGAUUGAUUUCUUGGCAUUGCAGUCGAUCCGGAAGAGUUUGGAUGAUUUGCCCGGGUCGAAUUAUUUUGCUUCGUGGGAUUUCACUGCAGAUCCAUGCAAUUUUGCUGGUGUUCAUUGCGAUAGAGAUAGAGUGAUUGCUCUGAAUCUUGGUGAUCCACGAGCCGGGUCUCCGGGUUUAACAGGUCGGAUAGACCCGGCGAUUGGGAAACUGUCAGCUCUCACAGAGUUUACUAUAGUUCCAGGUCGGAUCAUUGGGUCUCUGCCUCAAACUCUAUCUCAGUUGAAAAAUCUCAGGUUUCUUGCUGUUGGCAGGAACUUCAUCUCCGGUGAUAUUCCGGCUGCUCUGGGCAAGCUCCGGGGACUACAAACGCUUGAUCUUAGCUUCAAUCAGUUUUACGGUAGCAUUCCCUGGUCCAUUGGAACUCUACCGUCGUUAUUAAAUGUCAUUCUAUGUCACAACAAGCUGUCGGGUUCAGUCCCGCCGUUUGUUUCCCAGAAGCUAACCCGGCUCGAUCUCAAGCACAACGAUCUUUCCGGUUCCAUUUCCCCACUUGGCCUACCUCCAUCACUCCAGUACCUUUCAUUAUCACGGAACAGACUGACUGGCCCAGUGGACAGGCUGCUGACCCGUCUGGACCGGCUGAGCUUCCUUGACCUCAGUAUGAACCACUUCACCGGCUGCAUACCGGGCAAGUUAUUCACAUUUCCACUCACCAACCUUCAACUGCAAAGAAAUCAGUUUUCCGGCCCCGUUGAACCAAUCGAUCAGGUAUCAAUCCCAACAGUUGAUCUCAGCUUCAACCGGUUUUCAGGUUGGAUUUCUCCAUUAUUCUCUACAGUCCAACACUUGUAUCUAAACAACAACAGGUUCACCGGUGAAGUCCCAGGUAGCUUGGUGGACCAGUUAUUAUCAGCCAGUAUGCAAAUACUGUAUUUACAGCACAAUUAUUUGACCGGAAUGGAGAUUAUUCCAGUGGCUGCAAUUCCAGUGAGCAGCUCAUUGUGUCUACAGUACAACUGUAUGGUCCUGCAUGUACGGACGCCAUGCCCAUUGAAAGCUGGGAAGCAAAAAACAAGGCCUGCUGAACAAUGCAUACGGUGGAAAGUGUAA